GCUUGGGGCACGCGGACCGAGGUGACCGGCUGCCUUCUCAGCCCAGGUGGAGACAGGCGCAUGUGGGCGCUUCGCUCGCUGCUGCGGUCCGUGGCCGGGCGCGCCAUGUCUCAGGGACCCGCCCGCCGCCAGCGGCCGCCCAAGGACCCCCUGCGACACCUGCGGACGCGGGAGAAGCGCGGCCCGUCAUGGGGCCCUGGGGGCCCGAACACCGUGUACCUUCAGGUAGUGGCGGCUGGCGACCGUGACGCGGGCGCAGCGCUCUACGUCUUCUCGGAGUACAACCGGUAUCUCUUUAACUGUGGAGAAGGCGUCCAGAGACUCAUGCAGGAACACAAACUGAAGGUUGCUCGCUUGGACAACAUAUUCCUGACACGAAUGCACUGGUCUAAUGUUGGCGGAUUGUGUGGAAUGAUUCUUACUUUAAAGGAAACCGGGCUUCCAAAGUGUGUGCUUUCUGGACCUCCACAACUGGAAAAAUACAUAGAAGCAAUCAAAAUAUUUUCUGGUCCUUUGAAAGGAAUAGAACUGGCUGUGCGGCCCCACUCUGCACCAGAAUAUAAGGAUGAAACCAUGACAGUUCACCAAGUCCCCAUAUAUAGUGAACAGAGAUGUGGGAAGCACCUGCUAUCAACGAGCCCAGAAAGGCCUCUCGGCAGGCUCAGCCCAAAGCAGUCUUCAGACUCCGGGUCCACUGAAAAUGAACAGCACCUUCCAGACGGCAAUGAUAUUAACCGGAAAAGAGAUGGGAGGGACCCUUCCUUGGUGGUAGCUUUUGUCUGUAAGCUUCAUGUGAAAAAAGGAAACUUCUUGGUGCUCAAAGCAAAGGACAUGGGCCUUCCAGUUGGGACAGCUGCCAUCGCACCCAUCAUUGCUGCUGUGAAGGAUGGGAAGAGUAUCAUCUAUGAAGGGAAAGAGAUUUUGCCUGAAGAGCUCUGUACACCCCCAGAUCCUGGUGUUGCAUUUAUUGUGGUUGAAUGUCCAGAUGAAGGAUUCAUUCAGCCCAUCUGUGAGAAUGCCACCUUCAAGAGGUACCAAGGAAAGGAUGAUACCCCUGUGGCCCUGGUGGUCCACAUAGCCCCAGAAUCUGUGCUCCUGGACAGCAGAUACCAGCAGUGGAUGGAGAGGUUUGGGCCUGACACUCAGCACUUGAUCCUGAAUGAGAAUUGUGCAUCAGUCCACAACCUUCGCAGCCACAAGAUUCAAACGCAGCUCAACCUCAUCCAUCCAGACAUCUUCCCCCUGCUCACCAGUUCCCAGAGUAAGGAGGAAGGCCCCACCCUCUGCGUGCCCACAGUCCAGGGAGAAUGCCUCCUCAAGUACCAGCUGCGUCCCAGAAGGGAGUGGCAGAGGGAUACCGUUAUUACUUGCAAUCCUGAUGAAUUCAUAGCUGAGGCCCUGGAGCUCACCAAUUUCCAGGAGAGUGUGCAGGAGUAUAGAAGAAACAUGCAGAGCAGCCCAGUCCCUGCAGAGAAAAAAAGCCAGUAUCCAGAAAUCAUCUUCCUGGGAACGGGGUCUGCCAUCCCCAUGAAGAUUCGAAAUGUCAGCUCUACGCUUGUCAACCUGAGCCCGGACAAGGCCCUGCUACUGGAUUGUGGUGAAGGCACGUUUGGGCAGCUGUGCCGUCAUUAUGGAGACCAAGUGGAUAGGGUCCUGGGCACCCUUGCUGCUGUGUUUGUGUCCCACCUGCAUGCAGACCACCAUACGGGCUUGUUGAAUAUCCUGCUGCAGAGAGAGCGUGCUCUGGUGUCUCUGGGAAAGCCAUUCCACCCUUUGCUGGUGGUAGCCCCCACCCAGCUCAGGGCCUGGCUGCAGCAGUACCACAACCAGUGCCAGGAAGUGCUUCACCACGUCAGUAUGAUUCCUGCAAAAUGCCUUCAGAAAGGGGCUGAGGUUAAUAAUCCCACAGUUGAAAAACUGAUCAGAUUGCUGUUGGAGGCUUGUGAUCUGGAAGAGUUUCAGACCUGCCUGGUCCGCCACUGCAAGCACGCUUUCGGCUGUGCCCUGGUGCACACGUCUGGCUGGAAAGUGGUCUAUUCGGGGGAUACCAUGCCUUGUGAGGCUCUGGUCCAGAUGGGGAAAGACGCCACCCUCCUGAUACAUGAGGCCACUCUGGAAGAUGGCAUGGAAGAAGAAGCAGUGGAAAAGACACACAGCACUACCUCCCAAGCCAUCGGUGUAGGGAUGCGGAUGAACGCGGAGUUCAUCAUGCUGAACCAUUUCAGCCAGCGUUACGCCAAGAUCCCCCUCUUCAGCCCUGACUUCAAUGAGAAAGUGGGAAUCGCCUUUGACCACAUGAAGGUUCAUUUUGGUGACUUUCCAACCAUCCCAAAGCUGAUUCCCCCGCUAAAAGCCCUGUUUGCUGAUGACAUUGAGGAGAUGGUGGAGCGCAGAGAGAAGCGGGAGCUUCGGCUGGUGCGAGCAGCCCUCCUCUCCCAGGACGGGGAGUCCCAGCAGAAACGUGCCCACACGGAGGAGCUGCAGAGCCCACAGAGUAAGAAGGUCAGAGCCUAGAGGAGGUCUGGACCACCCUGCACACUGAAGGCUGUGUGUGUCUUCUGCCCUCUGUGGCACCCACUCUCCUUAUCCUGGUGAUCAACCAGGACGCAGUUCUGGAUGGGUGUGUGGCGGCAUGAUGUGGCCUGGGCUCCAGCAUAAACACCAGCCUGCAAGACGCCUCCUGUGACUGGUGCCUGGCACAGCUGUGGGACAGGAGGCUGCUAAACAAGAAAGCUGGUGCAACUAGAAUUCUAACGCAAGUCGGUAUUUAAGGAAGUCAUGUGGACACGGGCAGCACCCCUCACCUGGUCCAACCAGGUGGCUCCCUCUGCAAAUCAGAGACAUGCCAAGUGACAGGUGACAUUGGGUUUAGGUAUUCCAGACUCGAGGGAUAGUAUUCCCAGAGAAUCAGAUGCAAUAAAGAUGGAGUUUGGAAUCCUGA